AACAACAGGAAGGCUACUGAUGUUCAAAACAGUAAGAAGGCUACUGAUGUUCAAAACAGUAAGAAGGCUACUGAUGUUCAAAACAGUAAAAAGGCUACUGAUGUUCAAAACAGUAGGAAGGCUACUGAUGAAGGCUAUUAUGUUCAUAACAAUAGGAAGGCUACUGAUGUUCAUAACAAUAGGAAGGCUACUGAUGUUCAUAACAAUAGAAAGGCUACUGAUGUUCAAAACAGUAUAAAGGCUACUGAUGUUCAAAACAGUAUAAAGGCUACUGAUGUUCAUAACAAUAGGAAGGCUACUGAUGUUCAAAACAGUAGGAAGGCUACUGGUGUUCAAAACAAUAGGAAGGUUACUGAUGUUCAAAACAGUAGGAAGGCUACUUGUGUUCAAAACAGUAGAAAGGCUACUGAUGCUCAAAACAAUAGGAAGGCUACUGAUGUUCAAAACAAUAGGAAGGCUACUUAUGUUCAAAACUAG